CCAGAGGUGUCCAAACUAUGGCCCUGUUGUGAAACUACAAGUCCCAUCAUGCCUCUGCCUUUGGGAAUCAUGCUUGUAACUGUCAAUCUUGCAAUACCUCAUGGGACUUGUAGUUUGGCAACAGCUUGAGGGCUGCCAGUUUGACACCCCUGUUGGUGAACUAAAAGUCCCAUCAUGCCUCUGCCUUUGAGAGUCAUGCUUGUAACUGUCAAUUUUGCAAUGCCUCGUGGGACUUGUAGUUCUACAACAGCUGGAGGGCCACAGUUGCCCACCCCUGCUCUAGGG